GGCUAGUAGCUGCUUAUGGGCGAGGAUGUCUCUGAGGCUGCUGUCGGUGGAUCCAUCAGACCGGGGCUCUCAGAGAUGCAGACUGGGUCCAGGCUUGAUGUCAUCGCUGGGUCUGAGUCUGGGCUCCCCCGUACAGGUGUCUGUACCCGGGGGGAGCUGUCUGUGCACCGCCUGGCCCCGGCCUGACCUUGCUGAGGGCUUUCUGCAGAUGGACUUGAAAUGUUCAUCUCCUGGUCUUCUCUCUCAUCCGCCCACACAUCUGAACCUGGAGCCUUCCCAGCUCUCAUCUGUACCCUGUCCCAAACUCAAAAGUGUUAGAAUAACUGCGGUGGUCCAGAGUGUUGGUUUUAGGAAACACACUCCUCCUGGCCUUGUUCAUGAGCUUGUUAAAGACAUGCUCAAAGGUGUAUAUGUCCAUGAGAAAUAUGUGAUAAACCUGGAGGAUUUUGAUACAGAGAUUAGAUGUGUCGUUAUUGAAAGCAUCACUCCAGAUUCUGCCACCGCUGGAUUAAUCACAUCCAAAACUGGUGUGGAGAUAGUGGACAUCCAGACAGACAGGCAUCACAGGAGCCAGCUGAAGAGCCAGGACGCCGUCCCACUGGGGGGUCUGGAGCAGGUGAGUGCCUCCCUAAAAGAGAUGCUGCAGCUUCCCCUGCACUAUCCAGGCACCCUGAGCUCUCUUAGUGUAUCAUGUCCUCGAGGUGUGCUACUGGUGGGUCCUCCGGGUGUGGGCAAGACCCUGCUGGUCCGCAGAGUAGUGGGGGAGGUCGGCGCAAGCUUGGUGGUGGUCAGAGGCCCGGAGGUGGUGGGAUCACGGCCAGGUGAAAGUGAGGAGAAGUUGCGUUCCGUGUUUGAGCGAGCUCGAUGUGCAGCUGAAGAGGGGCCGUGUGUGCUCUUCUUGGAUGAGUUAGACUCUCUGUGUCCGAGGAGAAGCGGCUCAUCAGCCCCAGAGAACCGCCUGGUGGCUCAGCUGCUCACGCUGAUGGACGGGAUUAAUCAGUCUGAUCGAUUCCUCAUCGUCGGAGCCACCAACCGGCCGGACGGCUUGGACCCUGCACUGCGCAGGCCCGGGAGAUUCGACAGAGAGGUUAUCAUUGGCGCUCCCACCUUGCAGCAGAGAAAAGACAUCUUGACUGUUCUGUGUGCAAGGAUUCCUGUGUGUCCCAGUGUAGACAUGACAGAGCUUGCACAGAAGACAACAGGUUAUGUAGGAGCGGACCUCGGCGCCCUGUGCAGAGAGGCUGCCAUGCAUGCUAUACGGGAGAACUCAAAGGGUUCAGGAGAGCAGGUGGUGGGUCUGAAGCACUUCCAGGAGGCUCUGAAGUCGGUGCGUCCCUCCUGCCUGAGGAGCAGCCUGGGCAGGACGGAUCUAUCUCCAAUAUCUUGGGAGCAGAUAGGAGGACUCGAGGAAGUCAAGCUCAAACUGAGACAGAGUAUUGAAUGGCCGAUGAAGUACCCCGAGGCGUUUGUUCGCCUGGGUCUGAGUCGGCCUCGUGGCGUGCUGCUCUACGGACCUCCAGGAUGUGCGAAGACAACCCUCGUCAGGGCUGCAGCCACUUCGUCUCACUGCGCCUUCCUGUCUGUUAGCGGCGCUGAUCUCUACUCUCCGUUUGUCGGAGACUCAGAGAAGGCUUUAGCACAGCUGUUUCUUCAAGCCCGGGCCUGUGCUCCCUGUAUCCUGUUCCUUGAUGAGAUUGACUCUCUGAUUGGCUCCCGGUCAAACAGUCAGACAGCUCAUGGCGUACAGACCCGACUUUUAUCAGUCCUCCUGAAUGAGAUGGAUGGAGUCGGCCUGAAGACGCUGGAGAGGAGAGGGACGGAGAAGAUCCUCCAGGCAGAGGGAGUGGAGGACGAUCACAGACAGGAAAAGUUGGACUGCCAGGAAGUAUGUAACAAAGAAGUGAUGGUUAUAGCUGCCACAAACAGACCUGAAAGUUUAGACAGCGCGCUCCUCAGACCUGGCAGGCUGGACCACAUCAUCUAUGUCCCACCACCUGACCAGCAGGCUCGUCUUUGCAUCCUGAAGCUGUGUACAAAGUCAAUGCCCGUGUGUGCCGAUGUGUGCCAUGAGGAGCUGGCUGCAAAGACGGAGCUUUACUCUGGAGCUGACCUGCAAAAUCUGUGUAAAGAGGCUGCUCUGUUGGCGCUUCAAGAGGAGAAGAUGGAGGCUUCUGACAUCAAACACACAUACUUCCUCCGGUCCCUCAGCAAAAUGAGUCCCUCUCUCACCGCCCAACAGAUCAACACAUAUCAAAAACCUCCCAGAUGACAAAGCACAUAUGAUAAAUGUUUUCUGCGUUUUAUUAUUGUAUAGUUAUACAAUGAUGUAUAAAUAAAUAAAAAUAUCACUUGA